GCCGGCACGGAGGGUAUACGGCGGGCGGCGCGCGCGCACAGCACUCGCAAGAUGUCCCUGGUGGAGGGCGCUUCCGACACAGAGACCCGGCCCGACGAGAGCCCUAAGAAGAAGAUAGACAAGCCAAGAGGAUCAAUGUCGGAACCAUACAUGUGGAAGGAGCAGAUCCAUACGCUCAUGAAGGGCGCGGACAGCGAGUCCGACAUCUCGGACUCCGAACACUUCCUCACCAAAGGGGCUUUCCUCCUCACGCCCUCCCAUGGCCUCAGUAUGGAGAAGGCCUCCACCAUUUGCGAGAAAAUGGAGUUCAAGGGAUGCUUCUCUCUAACGAAAACGGCUACAGGAAUCCUCUUCAAGUUUUCCAGUGUCGAUGAUUAUCAGAUGGUUUUCAAGAAGGGAUUCCAUAAGGUUACUGGAUCCAGGUUUUAUAGAAAGAUCGCCAUCCCCUGCCGGCCCCAGAAGACAUUCACGGUGUACGUGUACGACAUCCCGGACGACAUUCCGGAGGAGGACGUGCGCCACGCCCUCUACAAGUUCACCUCCAUCGUGGAGGUGGUUCGUCUAAACUUCGCUGGAUCGCCGCGUGAAGGAAACACUGGAACAUCAACACCGAAGCCAAUAGAAAAGAAUCCACCACGUGCGAUCGCCAACAUAGACGGGGAACUCGUCAGUAGUAUGGUGCCCAAGGAAGCUUGCAGCAUCAUCCGCAUCACCCUGGCCAAUAUUGAGGAGGCCAACAUCUUGCUGCAAAACGGUCUAGACUUCUACGGAGCGACUUACUUCCCCACCGAGCUGGCCACUCCAGCGCAGGCAGCCAAGUUGAUCAAACCCAGCAGAGCGGUUUCUUCCAGGGUGACGGGUGGUACCGUGUCAGCAAGGGUCAGAGACCUGCUGCCUGUCUUCGAUCAGCAAGGAUUCACCAAGUUCGCGCCGCCCGCUUCUAGACUGGUCAAGCCACCAAGGAAAUGAAAAUCGAUUGUAUUCCCUAUUAUGCCCACAAUAACUGGUCAGAUGUGAGAUGACACUUCUAUUACUGUAUUAAUUGAACUAUGGUUUUUGUAUUUAAUGUCUAGUGACAAAUAGAUCACGGAAAUUUUAACAUUGUGUUAAUGGAGAUGACACGUUCCACUGCAAACUUUAGCAACGAGUGUCUCCAACAGAUACAGGUUCUGGAAUGUCGGGACACGGGAGCGGAAAGACUACGCAGUGUGAGACCUACUUUUCUUGUUAUAGAACAGUGCACUCCAGGUUUAAUGAGCAUAAUAUAAAAUGUAAUGUAAAAGGUAAUGUAGAGGAAAUUUUUUUAAAUUUUGCUCAAAAUCAACGUAUGACAUUGCUGUAUCCUGUGAGGCAAGAUCUAAUACACACCAUUUCUCUUGCUUUGUUAUUCUUAUUGAUACUGUUACGUCCUCUUGUAUUUGAAGUAACUUUUAUGGUUAGCGGAAAAGUAAUAGUCAUCUCACUUCAUUCAUCACAUUUGUUAGAACAUACUGUUAUAUCUUUUUCAGGAUUAAAUUUUGAUGCCUUGAAAUCAUCAAUAUUUGAAUUACAUACGUCAAAUAGUAAAAUGGGCAUAAUUUUAAAUUCAUAAAUUAAUUUUGUUCAAAAUGAUUCCAUAUUUAAAGUGUCCCUCUAAAACUAAUUUAACUCUAAUCAAAUUUUAACAUUUACUUAAAUCAAAAUUAUUAUUCGAUAUAAUUUUAUGUUUGUUAUUUAUGAUUAGGUUAUAUGUUUAAUAAGUAUCAACUUGUAAUUCAUUUCUAAUUGAUUAUUUUAAAAAUCAAAUCUAUUCUAAUUGACUGCGAUUAUAUUACUGACUAUUCUGUUCCUCUUGGUGACUAUGCAAUGAUAUAGCACCACGGAGUGGGUCUAAUGUUGUUUGGAUUCGGAAGGUCUUUUAAACUAAAUCAAAUUCAUUGAGAUUGGUAUCAUUUGCCUUAGCAAAUAUACUGUCUUAUCCAUAUGCAUUUAGUGCUUAUUCUUUAAAUAUAUUUUUAAUUUCUUAUUAAUUUUCUACAUGUUUAUUUUUAAUUUUAAUGUGCCAUAAAUUAGUAUUAAUUUAAUUUAAGUUAAAAUCAAACCAAUUUUGUCAAAAUUUUUGUCUUGUAUAACAUUUAUAUUGUAUACUUCUGUACCGAUUUGCAUUUAAGUUUUAAUUACUAAAAUGUUUGCUACUAUUUUUUAAUUAACCUUAAACCGUUGUAAAGCUAUAAUAAUAAAUAUAAUUUAUUUAUGUUA